GAUUGAUAGAAAAACAAAACAAAAUAUAUCUAAAGUUUCACUUCCUGAAGAGAUGAUUGAUUGUCACGAGGUUCAAAAACAGGAAAUGAAAAGGCGAGUGAAGCACAUGGUCGCGAAACAAAAAGGACGAGUCAACCUCUGGGCCGCUGACACCACAGCUGGCCUCCACCAUGAUGCGCCGAGUGGUCGUUGUUGGAGCGCUCGCCUGGGGUGCCAUGUUGGUUUUGCUUGGAGCCUUCGUUGAAGCUGCAGCUGGCGUGGUUCAUCUCGAGCAGGUGGCCUACCAGGGCGAGGCGGUCACUUUGCCGUCCGGUGGCGACCCGACCCGGAAGCUGGCGUCCAUCAAGUGGUCGGUGUUCUUCAACGAGACUUGGAUCGCCACGUUUCACGGCGGGAAGAUAAACACGGAGCGCUUCUUCCUGUUCAGGGGACGACUCGCUCUCAACGCUUCGUCGGGCGACUUGACGAUCCGCAACGUGAGCCGAGAGGACGCCGGGGACUACAGCGUGGAGCUGGUGGACACGGAGAAGCGCCGCGUGGAGAGAGUGCUGACGCUGGUGGUUAAAAGACCCCUCCAGAAACCAAGCGUACAGACGCUCUUCUCUGUGCAGUCGGACGGCGGCUGCUGGGUGGGACUCCGCUGUUCGUCCCCGGAUUUGGCCGUCAACCUCUCCUGGAAGCUCGAACCCCCGCUUCGGACCGCCUACGACAUGCCCGACCCCGACGGCGGGGCCGUGGUUCUUCUCACACUCGUGGCGCUGCGCAACGGCACACGCUUCACCUGUACCUCCAGCCGCGAUCCGGAGAACGUCUCCGACAGCAUCCGCGUCGAGUGUAAGGCUCCCCGUCGGCCAUAUUGGCCGACGACUUCCUGUUUUGAGCGAACUUGCGCCUCUCGUGUGGCAGGUGUGACGGCGUCAGGGUGGCGGAGUCGCGGUCGGAUCAGCCUUUUUGUCUUGGCGGGAAUUGUCAGCGGCAGCGUUCUGAUGACCGUUAUGCUCAAGCACUUGCAAGGGAAAGAAGGAGAAGAAGGAAGAGGAGCAAAAGAAGAAAAUGGAUAGAUGGGGUUGCUCCCUUGUUGUUGUUGUGGGAGUACAUUACAUCUCACAGCGCUUCACAUUCCCCCCAUUUUGCUAUAUUACAACCUUAUUCCAAAAUGGAUUCAAUUCAAAUCAAAAUGCGACAAAGAACAACCUACAAUGACAAUGUGCAAAAAUGACAAGUCUGUCUUGGAGGUUAGUGGUGGAAAACUACUGAGUACGACUUUCAGGUAUCUGUAUUUUACUUGUGUAUUUAUUUUUCUGACAACUUUUUACUUUUACUCCCUACAUUUGAAAUAUGUUUUUUCAUUUUCAUUUUUUUUAAAAAUAUUUUCCGAUGUAGGGGCCAUCAGUUUUUUCCUUUUGACCUGCGAGCACAAACGUCAGAUACGAGCGCUGUAUGGUGACGUGAUGCAACUCAGUUUGGCUGUUUACAUGAGUAAAUAUUCUUAAAAAACGCACUAUUCAAGCUAAUUAUUGCCACCCAGCUGAAGGUUAUUGUCAAAAUAAAAGAAUUACACAUCGUGUAGUCGAAGCAACGUGUAGCCGCCACGACAUGAAUGCUAACAUACAAUGGGAAACUACAUAGACACACGCGCUAACAAUUAGCAUCUAUUCAGCAUUGUUGUUACCCUUAAAACAACGGCUAUCUGAACACCAAAACGCAUUAUAUUCUUUAUCCUCUGUGAAGAACGACUAACAAUGCUGUACUGAGAAGCUCAGAGAGGAGCUCAGUGUCCAGUACAGAUACUGCCCUCAGGUGGCCAAGGACCACACGGAAUGUGCAUCACAAUUGAAUGAGAAAAUGGGACAAAAAAAAAAAAAAAAAACUAUUUUGCAUUCUAUUGAAUUAUGUCAUUACUGUAUGUUUUUAUGAAGUAUAAUUUUUCUCAUUAAAGAACACAUUACAAUUU